AUGGCGGCGGCCGCUCUGAAGAGAUUUUGGUCCCGUGGUAGCGGAGAGGCGGGUGACGCGGCUGUUGUGAAGCCGGGCGUGUGGACGCGAUUCGGCGUCUGGUCCCGUGCGCUGCUCCGGGACUAUGCAGAGGCCUGUAGGGACGCGGCGGCGGCGGCCCGGGCCCAGCCGGCCCGGGCGACCCUGUACGCAGGGCUACUGGGAGGAGCAGCUGCGUGCUUCGCGCUGGCGCCGAGCGAGGCGGCCUUCGAAGAGGCGCUGCUCGACGCUUCGGGAACCUUGCUGCUGUUGGCGCCGGCCACGCGCAACCGCUGCUCGGAGGAGUCUGUGCAGCGGCUGCUCUGGCUGCGGGGCCGCGGCCGCCUGCGUCACCUGAACCUGGGGCUCUGCUCGCUCAUGUACGAGGCGCCUGUGGAUGCCCAGGCCAGCCUCUACCAGGCCCGCUGCCGCUACUUGCAGCCCCGCUGGGCCGACUUCCCGGGCCGGAUCCUGGACGUGGGCUUCGUGGGCCGCUGGUGGGUGCUGGGGGCGCGGAUGCGCGACUGUGACAUCAAUGACGAAGAGUUCCGCCACCUGCCCGCGCACUUACGUGUCGUCGGGCCGCAGCAGCUUCGCUCGGAGACCAACGAGCGGCUCUUCGACGCCAAGUACCAGCCGGUGGUGCUCACGGACGACCAGGUGGACCAGGCGCUGUGGGAGGAGCAGGUUCUGCAGAAGCAGCAGAGGGAGCGGCGAGUCCUCGGCCAGCCCGGCGUGCGGGGCUGA